AAAUGGAAGGUUGGUGUUAUCAUUGGAAAAGGUGGAGAAACUAUAAAGCAUAUCCAACUUCAGUCAGGGGCAAAGAUCCAAGUAACAAGGGACAUGGAUGUUCAAUCCUGGUCACAGACAAGAUUGGUUGAUCUUUCGAGCACUCCUGACCACAUAAGCAGAGCUGAGCAGUUGAUAAGUGAUGUUCUUGCAGAGGCUCAUGCUGGAUUAUUUGGCACUAUCCCUAAUUGGAAGUACAAUGCACCUCAACCUAGUGUUGAGCAAUUCCAGAUGCAAAUUGCUAACAAGGUAAACUGACUGCUUUCUAGAAUUGGGUUUGUUUGUCGGACUGUGAAAAUCAUACGACGCCCCAAUAUAGCAAUGGGGGUUUCUUGUAAGCUUCCCAACUGAUAUUAUUUCACAGACUUCACUUUCUUUGAUGGUGAAAAACCUUGCCUAUUAAUUCCAUGUUCGACUAUUUUUUGGCGAGACUAAAAAAUCAAUGCAGGCCAA